AUGGAAGGUGAAGAACUGGUGCAGAAAUGGAAGAAAGUGAGCUUUGUGCAUCCAAAUAACAUUACAUUAUGGUAUCACUAUUUGCGCUUUGUGCAAUCAAGAUUUUCUGUGUUUUCAUUUAGUAACACAUCUGCAGUAUAUGGUAAAUGUUUGAGCACUCUAUCAGCAAUCAAAGAAGGGACUUUUACCUCUCAUGAAGCUGAUGAGGAUAUAGAGAGUGGAAUACUGGACUUGUUCAUUCAGCAGUGUCAGUUUGCGAGGCAGUCAGGUAAUGUAUGAUCAUUAAGACUGUUUAAACAGGACUACCAAAAGAUACUGUCUGAUAGCUUUUUCCUCAAAUUGUCUUUCUUUAAUAGACCCAUCUAGCUGUAAUCCGUAAAAGUAAAGAAAAUAAUAUUUCAUGGGUGGCAAACCCUUAUACAACUUCAAUAGAAGAAUAUGAUCAUAAAUCGUGUUAAAUUACUUGGCUGAAGGAGGAAACAAAAUUUUUCUUUGAGUGUUGAAAAAUGGUAAUGUUCUAUUUAUCAUGUAUCAAACACCAAUGAAAUAACAAAUCAUUUCACUUAAAUAGUUUUUUUGUUGCAAAAGGUGCAAUUUGUUAUGUAACCAUAGCAUUUGUGAUCUUUUCACAUGUGAAGUUAUGUUAUUCUAAUGUGUGAAGAUAUCAUGCUGUCAUGCAAAAGCUCACCUACUAUUUCCUUGGUGUUUAUGGGGUUGUCAUUAAGAGCCGGGGGCCGGGGAUUUUCCCCGGCUACUAAGAGAGUGGCCCCCAGCUACUUUUAUUGGAAAAUAGAAGAAAAAUAGAACCAAACGAAAUCCCUAGCCCUUUGAUUCCCCACCUACUUGUUGUAUUUACCCGGCAACUUGAAAUCUUAGUGACAACCCUGUGUUUAUAUAAAUAUUCCUACUAUUGUAUUGUCCAGUAAGUUGUCAGUCUUUUACAGCACUGACUGGACUGGGUAGCCUUUUAAUAGCUGACAUAUAGGGCAUUUCUUUCAGAAGAUAAAACUUAAUCUAACAUGGCUAGGUUGAUGACUGUUUUACAACAUCAAAUUAACUCGAUCGGUGGUUUGUGCUGUCCAUUCCUAAAAUUAAUCACUCGGAAAAAGCUGUUGCAUCACCACUGCAUUUGGUUUGUCAGAUUGACAUAUUGAUUUUGUGUCUUGUUUUUAGGUCACACAGAAAAGGCCAUUGCACUGCUACAGGCCUUGGUUGAGCUAAACUGUUUUUGCUCUGCUGAUCUGGAGAAGAACACCCCUGUUGGCGGACAGAUAGCUUUUCUGGAGGCAUUCUGGCAUAGUGGACAACCAAGGUAAAGAAAUUAAACAAUCCAUGAACCUCACAAGGUUGUACAGACGUCUUCUCAGCUUAGAAAGAUGAAAGUUGAAUUCUUGUGUUACCAGUAUAUGCAGCCUUGAAAUCUAACAUAAGCUUCCUUAUGUUAAUUAAGGUUUGGUGAGAAUGGUGCAGUCGGAUGGAAGACAUGGAUGGCUAAAGAAAGGGAAAGUAUAUCACGUGAGACCCUUAUUGAUAUCAGAGCAAUUUUCAAGUCAUUUUCCUCAAGAAAAACAGGCAAUAGUGAUUCUCUUGAUGAGGUGGAGGAGGAGAUGGCCAUUGCAAGAGAUCAACCUCUUUGGAAGAAUUGGUUGCAAGUUGAAUCGUCCCGUGACAGAGGACAGCUUUUUCCAUGGCAACCAGACAGAGAAAUGGCACAAACAGAAGAGGAUUGUGAUGAUCCUGAAAGGCUGGUACUAUUCGAUGACAUCAGUUCAAGUCUGUUCAAAUUGGCAGAUCCUAUGAGCAAGCUCAAGCUGGUCUUGUCAUUCUUACAGUUUUUUGGAGUUCAAGUACCUUGUCUUAGCUCAUCAACAAACAAAGAUGUGCAGCAAUUUCUUAAUACAUCACUAGAGCAUGAAUUGCAACUUCUCGGACCUAGCAUUCCCAGGGGAUCUCAGUUUCUUGGUCUGUGGCAGUCAUACUAUUGGAAUGAUGAUGUCCUCUGUAAUGAGGCAAAUCAACAGUGGCCCACACAAGAGGCAUUGAGGUUUGUAAGGAAUAUCUUUGUGCAGAGCCUGCCUGUGUUUGGUGGCAGAGAAAGAAGCUUUCUGAUGGUUAUAUGGCUGUGGUAUGAGUUUCAGCUAACAAAGAAUGGACAACCAGCAAAGGAAAGUAAACGGAUGUACAAAGAUGUGCGGAAACUGGCCAAGAAUCUUCUGAAAAUGCCAGAAAACAGGUUGGUAAAUAUAGGCUCUGCCACACAGUGCUACAUAGAAAAAAAGCAUCUCAGUUGACCUUAACUCACUGGCAAAUCUAGACUGUUUCAGAGAAUAGAGAUAAAGAUUUCAACUCUAUGGGGAGUACGAAAUGGCAUUGUGGGCAAUCCUGGGUCUCCUGUGGCCAUCCUUCUACAAUUCCACAGCUGAACAAAGCCAUUUAGCUCUAGGAGUCUAUCAUAGAGUCUAAUACUUUUUUUCACUGAUUUUAAGUUGGGAGGAUAUCCUAUUGUGUGACCAUUCCAAUGGAACCUUUUUGAACAGUAGUACUUUAAAUUACAGUCAUGGUACUCUUUAGUUUUCAUGAUUAGCUGGAAAUAUACUUGUCUUGCUUGUUGCAAGUGGCAAGAGGAACCCACAAUCAUAAUCCCCAAGUUGCUAUUACACAUGCACGGCACCUAUGUAAGCAGCCUUACAAUGAAUGAAAUGCACAGAAUGCAAGCUGAUCUGAUGUGCGUUUGGUCCUUUUAUUGGUAGUAAUCUGAUCACGCUUGUUUUGAACAUCUAUCACAUGAACUUAUGCAAAGCACAGUGUUGGAGCAAAAGUGAUUGAUGUGUAACUUUUGGUUAUUACUGGGUAAUAUUAUUGGAAGUCAAAAGGUUACAGAAAACCAAAUGCAGGUCAUUGCAAAAGUAUAGAUUCCUUACCACUUUACAUAAGUUGUCAGAGUAUUAAAAUAAUCAUUAUUUUUCAGGAAUGAUCUGAAGCUAUGGCAAACCUUUGCAGAGAUUGAGUGGAUAUCUGGUAACAGAGAUGAGGCUGUCAGAGUGUUUGACUCAACUCUGAUGAUGGGUGGAGAGAUGUUUCCUGAUGAACAAAGCAGAAGAGCUGCCUUAGCCCCUCUUGUCAGGUACCACUUACCCUUUGCAGCCUUAGUAUUGCAUUGCGCAUCCUUACUGUGCAUAAUUUCCUGUGGGAUACUGAUUAGCGUGCACACAUUAAAACAUGAUGGCUUUUACUUUAAGGCUGGAGCUCCCCGGAGAGCUAAAAUUAAAAUAAUAUAUUAAUGUUCUCUUAAACAAGUAUAGUAGCCUGCCAUUCAUUUUGUAAAACCAACACAUUGCCCUAAAUAGUUGGAAAAAAUAUAAAGGAUUCUUAAUUAAGUGGAUGCAAAUAAGAAACUGCUUAUCAGCAGUCAAGAUCAAUAGAAUAAUAAUUUAUUAUAAUCAACAAAGCACAGCCUAUAAUUCCCAGUGUACAAGUUGUUCCUGCUCCUAAACGAGUAUGGGGAUCCCCACUGCCCACUUUUAUUUCAAAAUUUAGGUUUCUAUUACGUAAACAACCAAUCAGUAAAGUUUGACAAAAAUAAUCUCACUGCAGGUUCUAUUUCAGAAGAAUGAGCUUUAAAGGGAAACGGGUUGGAUCUUAGGGAUGGAGGAGCCUCCCUGUAUCUAGAACUAUAAAAAGACAGCUUUAGCUGAUGGAAUCAGCAUGCUCCAAAAAAAAUGUGCCAAGCAAUAAUCACACAUACUGCUCAAAAAAAGAGAGGCUAUUUUUGCCUUUUUUCUCUUAAGUUAUUUCUUAAUAAUAUUGUUAUUAUUACUUAUUUCUGUAAACUUGUUUUAAUCUAUGUAGAAAUAAUUUUAUAUACUACUACUAGUGCUACUACCACUACCACUGCCACUACUGCUGCUGCUGAUAAGCUAGUUGAUCUUUGGUGUUCCUUACUUUAGGUAACAUUAUGUUUAAAUGCUUAGUUGUGUAGUUUGAAUCUUUACUAGAACAGUGAAAUUAACAAGUUUACUUAGUUCUUCCCAUAUAAACUUCCAUGUCGGGUUAGACAUUCAGCAAUGGACUAACCCUUGCAAGGAGUGUUUUGUUAACUUUUGAUCCAACAACAGCUAACAAUGCUUAAUAAUAAUAAUAUUAAAAUGAUUUUUGAUUGAUUAUUAGGUCUUAUGCUGAGCUAGAAGUGGGUAUCACUACAGACUUAAGGAAGUCCCAACCUUUGUCAGGUGUAGAGAGUAACAAGAAAGCACUGCAGAUACUGACAACUUUUGCAGAGGGAGCUAUGUUCCAACCUGGCUCGUCCAACUCAUCAGCGUUCACAUCAGCUGUUCAACUGCUUAAAGCACGCAGGGUUUUUCAAAAGAUCCACCAAGGCAUAGUUGAAACAGGUGAAUCUCAGACAAAGGAGACACUGAUGUCAGACUGUGGUCUUGCCUCUGGAAGUUUGGCAGUCUAUCUAGAAGCUUGCUGUGUUCUUUUUGAGUACCUAAACACUGGCAUCAACAGUGUGUUGUGCAUGUGUAAUGACUUUUUGUCAAACCCAUCUGGUCUCUGUGAGUUGGACAUUGAGCUCAUUCUCAGCUCUUAUAUCAGACUUUUCAAAUUUCACUGCAACACUGGCAGAACAUUAACUUUGAAGGACACAAGACAUAUUCUGCACUCCGCACUAGAGAAGUUUCCUAAUAAUCCAGAAUUCAUUUCAUUUAACAUCCAGCAAGAGUCAAAGUCUGUUCUGACUGGUGAAAUAAGAAGAACGCUUGACAAGGUGACGCAGAAAGCAACCACACCCAUCCCUUGGAUCUUUGCUCUUCAUUACGAGCAGUGUAGGUCACAGUCUGUUGCAUCUGUCAUGGAGUGUACUGAUCCAUUGGCAACUGUCUUGGAAGAAAACCCCACACCAGUCGUUACUUCUCUUCCUGUUACAGGGGUGGUUAAUCGUCAGUACUCAUUGUUUGAAAGAGCAAUAGCCAGUCCAUCAGCAAGACAUUGUGUGGCAUUGUGGAGAAUGUUUAUGAAAUUUGAGGUAACUAAAGCAUAAAACUGUUAAAGUUCUUGCAAUUUCACGUUAGUUUGGUUUUUGCUAGGGACAUGGUUGCAAGUUACUGUAAUAAUAAUGUAAGAGCACUUAUGAUUGGCAAAAAAAAAGGAAUGGGAUUUAUAACAGACAGAAUUAGAGUCGCAAGGAUCAGAAUGUUCCAUUUCCUUGCAACUACUAUAAGACAAUGUAAUUUAGGCCCCGUCCACAUGAACCCAAAUAUUUUUGAAAUUGCAUAUUUUCUUACACAAAUCGGCUGUCCAUCCACAUGAAACCAGUGAAUUUGCUCAUUCACCUGCAGCCUAUUCAUGUAUAGCCUGCAAAGAAAUUAUUUAACCUCGGUUAGUAAUGUCUGCCAAGCAUGGCUGAUAUCUUUGAUCUGGGCUCCCAAUGAGCUCAACGUAUUUCCAGAAGUGUGAUUCAAAUUUUCUUUCAUUGUGAUUGGCAAGUGGACGAUGGCAUAUUUAACAGCCAAUCACGACAUGUACUUAUAUCCCAGUAGGCAAGGGGGCCUGGAACAAGAAUUUUGAUGCUGUUUCACAGAUAGACUUAACCAGAGUUUAAUUUCAUCUUUGGCACAGGCUAGUUGAUGUAAAAAAUACGCAGUUUCAAAAAAAUCCAGAUUCAUGUGGAUUGGGCCUUAGAUUGUAGAAGCAAAAGCAGAAGUGGAUAAAUCAAUCAAUCAUGAUCACUUCCAUGCAUUGUGAUUGGUUUACACUGUAGUUCUUCCACUUCUGCUAGCAACUCUGUCAGUCUGGUUCUCAUUUGAUCAUAAGCAACAGUUGUAAGUAGAAGUGGACCUCUGGAAUAAAUGACACUAGGGCUUGGACUCUUGCUCUGGCCAUCGCUGGGAAAACCAGCCUCUAAUAACAGUACUGCCAUUUACUUCCAAUGAUACUUCCCUUUUACUCGUAAUAACCAAAGGUUAUUGAGUGCGGGCAACAAUGAUCGAAGGUCAAAACGCUUUUGCUCAAAUGCUGUGCUUUGCAUAAGUUUCACGUGAUCGAUAGUCGAAACGCGCAAUCAGAUGACAGGUGAUAGAAGGUCCAAACACGUGAUCAAAUUGCAUUCUGUGCAUUCCAUUCAUUCUUAGUGCAAGUUCCAAACGAAUGUUGGCUACAUACAUGCAAUGUAUGCGUAAUAACAACCUGUCCCCAGUCGUUCAAAAGUUGGAUAACGCUAUCCACCAGAUAAAUCACUAUCCACCGGAUAAGUGUCUGGGAAACCAAUUGCGCUAUCCAGUGGAUAGUGAUUUAUCCAGUGGAUAGCGUUAUCCACCUUUAGAACAACUGGGUCCUGGAGAUUAGGGUUGUGGGCUCCUCUUGUCACCCACAAAAGAAAUAAGAGUAAAGUAUCAGAUACUUUUCUAGAAAUUGCAUUUUGAAAAAACUUAUCUGAAAGAAAAAAUGAUGGGAAUUUUUAUGAAUUUUCAUCACUUAAAGUGUGCUCUUUAAACAUUCUGUUAUUUGAAUCCAAUUAAUGUUAGCUUUCCCAUUCUUUCAGUAUCUCAACUUAUGAUUUAAUUUACACUGCUGUACUGGUAAUCUUGCUUGUAGUCUUUGAAUUAUAUGUGGCAUUGUUUUUUGUUGUUGUUUUUUUUUCAUUUUAAUAAACUAAAGAUGGCAUAAAUAAUGCAGCUCUCUUAAGUUCUUUUAAUUAACUCUUUUUAGUAUUUAUUUGCACUUGUUUUGGAAAUGUUUUCAGUCACAACGUGGAAAGGAGAAAGUCAAGUCUGUAUUUUACCAAGCUCUACAAAAUUGUCCCUGGGCCAAGGUAAAUCAGUGUGAAUUUAAUUGAGUAAUAAAAUUAUUAAGUUCUGCCUAUUGUCAAAUGUCAGUUAAGGAGUUUAGUUGCAACAAGCUGUUUACAGACAGUGUAGGUCAUUAAAGGAUCUUCUUUUUUGAAGGUUUUGUACCUUGAUGCUGCACAGAAUUUACCAGAGGAUGUCCAGGACAUAGUUGAUUUAAUGACAGAGAAAGAAAUCAGACUGCGUGCUCCACUUGAAGAAAUUGAACUUCUCCUUCAUGAUUAG